UAUGCUCAAUAUUGAAUAAAUUGUCAAGAAUCUGUAGAAUACACGCUACUGGGUGCUCGCCUGGGCGCCGCACCACGCCGCACAAGUGGAGUCUCCGAGUUCUGGCUCUCACUCUCAGGACCCAGAUUCUUCAUACUCGUCGUCGGCGCAACCGACUCCCUCGCAAGAGCCACAUCCGCAUGCGCGUCAGGCACGUAAACGGUGCUCAACGCAGAGCUCUGCAACGACACGGCGUCCAUCUCCGUCUCCGCAAAGCGCUUCCAGCCAGACUCCCGGCGUUCCUUCGCAACCAUGUUCGGAGCGGGUGUGUAUCUGUCCGGGUCGUCCUCGCCGGCAUUCGAGCCGCCCGUGACAGCGAAGAUCGCACCGAGCACACUCGCGCGGAGAGACUCGCCCCACCCCUCGGCAUUCUCCGAUUCAGACUCGCCGGCCACGCGGUCUUGCGCCCGAGCAGCGCGACGCCGCACUUCAAGCGGGUCCCAAGCCUUCCCCCGCGUUUCCUCUGCGCACUUCUCCUCCCACGGAACCUCCAACCCCCUGCCGUCCGGCAGCGACAUGAACCGCGGACGCGCCUCCCGCUCCCUGGGCGUGCCGAUGCUAAGCUCCGGCAGCGAGAAGCGUGCGGCGUAUGGGUUCUGAGGCGGCGGCGGGAGUGGCGGAUUGGCGACGCACAGCGUGCUCGUCGUCGGCAGCUGCGAGCAGAUGCUUCCGUUGCGGCUGUGCAUCGAGUACGCAGACGGCGUGGCCGGAUUCGAAUACAAGCGCUGGGCAUGCCUGUGCUGGGGAUACCCAGUCGCGAUCGGGGCCGGCGGCAGCGGAUAAGCCGUACUGUCGCCCAGCGGGUAAUAUGGCGAGGCGCCCUGGUUGACAUCCGCGAACGGGUUGGGAUACGGCGCGUGAGGGUAGUGCAGCGACGACAUCCUCGAGUGCGGGUGUCCGCCGUAGAAAUAUCUCCCGUCAUCCGCGUACGCAACAGGCGGGAGACCCGGUAUAUAGCCGCCACGGAUACUGACGCUGCCGCCGCGCUCGGGUUCUCGCUUGGGCUCCCCAACGUCGCGGUCCCCGGCCAUAGAGCAAUCCUGGCUGAUCCUGUCUUCGGCGAUAGACGUUCGGCUGGGAUCCCACUCGAUGUUCUUCUGAUUGCCUUUCGCUGAGCUCCGAUUUCGGACACGGAUGAUACAGGCGACGAUGGUUAUGCCCAAGGCGAUGAUGAUGACGGCUCCGAGGCCGAUGGCAGCGUACAGUGGCACGCCAUGCGUAAGCGUUUCUGGGCCGGGUGGAUGUGCUAAAGCAGCAGAAGAGGAGGGCGAUUCGACACCAGUGCUAGAGAUAGAGGCAACCGAGGAAGAAGAAGAAGACGAAGGGGAGGGCGAAGACGAAGAAGCCGCCGCGGUAGCCGAAGCCGAAGAUGUCGCAGAAGAUGAAGAGGAAAGUGACGACGCGGAUGAAGACGAGACAGAGACAGAUGCUGAGCUUGAGACACUGGAGGAGGAGGAUAUCGGACUCGCUGAAGACACGCUCACCGCCGCAGUCGUCACAAACGCUGCGAGACUGCUCACAAGCGUCGAAGUCGUCGCAGAGCUCACUAACACAACGGACGACGGGCUCGCCGAGGUCGUCCAAGCGGUACUUGUCGACGGCAUCUCCGUCCACCCACCCGGUCCCCAGGUGGACGUCACCGGCACCGCUGCUGCUGUGAUUCCUCCUCCCUGGGUUACACCUCCACGGGCCGCCUCGCCAGCCGCGCCCAAAGGCCCUGCGUCGAAGACUUGCUGUCCCACAUCGGCGUCGUUCGAUGGCACAAGCGCCGCGGCUGCCUGACCGCCGAAUGCGAACUGCUGGCGAGCGCGCAGAGGUCUGCGGGCACGCACGCGUCGGGCGAGUCGUUUGCGCAUCGCAGUUGUAGUCGUGUUUGUAUUCGCGCAGGCCGAAUCAAAUAUCGAAAUUGGAAAUAUGAGAACGGUGCGAAUGAGGUAUGGCGAAGGUUGUAGAUAGAAGGCGGGAUAGAGGUGGAUAGAUGUUCGGCGUAUCCUGGAUCGACCAGCGAGGGAGGUACGCGUCGAAAGUAGAAGUAAGAGGAUACAGACGAGGCGUGUCUGGAGACAGGGGUCUGCGGCAAGAGGGUCUGCGGUAAAAGGCGAUCGGGUUCAGGGCAUUCCAAUGACAGCCCAAGGAGGAACGCCGCUGGCCUACUCUGGGGGCAUGGGUGUGGAGAGAGGAAAGCGACAGCGACAACGGAAGAUAGCAGAGGGCUGAACUCAGAAGAAGUGCAAGGAGUAGGGAAGGGAGGUCUCAGAUGGCAAGCCGCGUAUAUGCAUGCGAGGCAGAAUGGUUAAGAAGAACGGGUG